AUGUCUGUUUCUAAUGUACUUGUGACCUUGGCCGUCUUGACGGUUGGAGGGUACAUGCUUUUCAACGAUGCCGGAGAAUCAUUUAAUGUCGGACAAUUCUUAGAACAAACAUCUCCAUACAUGUGGGCAACCAUAGGAAUUGCCAGUUGUAUUGGAUUAUCAGUUGUUGGAGCAGCUUGGGGGAUUUUUGUCACUGGAUCUUCAAUAAUUGGGGCCGGUGUCAAAGCACCUCGGAUCACUACAAAGAAUUUAAUCUCCAUUAUUUUCUGUGAAGUUGUGGCUAUCUAUGGGUUAAUCAUGGCCAUUGUAUUUUCCUCCAAAUUAAGUAGUAUUCCAGAAGCACAAUUGUACACUAAAGAGAAUUUAUAUACUGGAUAUUCAUUGUUCUGGGCAGGUAUAACUGUUGGUGUAUCUAAUUUAAUUUGUGGUAUUGCGGUUGGUAUAACUGGUUCAACUGCUGCUAUUAGUGAUGCUGCAGAUUCUUCAUUAUUUGUUAAGAUCUUGGUCAUUGAAAUCUUUGGAUCUGUUUUAGGUUUAUUUGGUUUAAUUGUUGGUUUAUUAAUGGCUGCUAAAGCUCUAGAGUUUGAUUAA